AUGGGGAUUUCAAGUGAAAAGGAGAGGACUGAAGAGAUGGGUCUGCAGUAUUCCUGUUACUCUCGAGCUAGUCUGGUUACUUAUUAUACCGACCUAAUUCGUUACAACUUGCUUUUGCAAGUCAAACUAUCCAAUAAUUCCUCACAAAAAUUUGGGUGCCUGAGCAUUGAUCUUCCCCUCUGCCACAUUUUUGGGUCCUUCAAUGACACCUUUGUCCAUGUUACCGAUCUUUCUGGCAAGGAAACCAUCUGCCGGGUGACUGGUGGAAUGAAGGUCAAGGCUGACAGAGACAAGUCCUCUCCCUAUACAGCCAUGUUGGCUGCCCAGGAUGUGGCCCAGAGGUGCAAGGAGCUGGGCAUCGCUGUCCUGCAUAUCAAACUCCACGCCAUAGGAGGAAACAGGACCAAUACCUCUGGACCUGGAGCCCAGUCAGCCUUCAGAGCUCUUUCAUGCUCAGGGAUGAAGAUUGGGCAGAUUGAGGAUGUCACACCCAUUCCCUCUGACAGCACCCGAAGGAAGGGGGGUCGUCGUGGUCGCCGUGGUCGCCGUCUGUGA